CCGUCCCACAUCGACUCCUCGUCCAAACGCCACUCCCUUCUGUACAUACCCCUACCCUUUCACUCCUCUCCAAAACUCAAACUAGACACAUAGCAUAAUGUCGGCUAGGAGCGCUGCUGCCAAGGUGGACUGGACCAAGAUCGCCAGCGGUCUCGGUUUGGGCAAGGAGACCGUCUCGGAGAUCAACGCUUUCCGAGCCCGUCACGCCGCCGCCGCGACCAAGAACGCCACCCUCAAAUCCUCCACCCCUACCCUCGACUUUGCCCGAUACAAGUCGGUCCUCAAGAACCAGUCCGCCCUCUCCGAGGCCGAAAAGGUCCUCUCCUCCUUCAAGCCCGUCACUUACGACCUGGGCAAGAUCACCGGUGUCGUCGACGCCUUCGAGGCCCGAGCCGUCGACUCGGCCAAGAAGACCGUAGAGAAGAUUCAGAGCGAGCAGGAGGGGCUCGAGGCUACGUUGUCCAACAUCAAGGAUGCCAGGCCGUUCGAGGAUUUGACCGUCAAGGAGGUCACCGAGGCUCAGCCGCAGAUCGCAAAGGCCGUCGAGACCAUGGUCAAGAAGGGGAAGUGGAGCGUUCCCGGAUACAGGGAGAAGUUCGGCGACUUCAGCUUGAUGUAAGCGGGCGAGCGGCAUCAAGGAUAGAGAAAGGAAAAGGACGAGGGACGAGAGAAGAUCGUUCAGCUAGAGAAGGACGGUCGUCAAUCGGAUCUUUGAUGGAAAUGAGAGGGAGGAAGAGAGUAGAUGCGGUGAAGGCAGAUAGAUCGUCGUGGAACGGAACGCGAUGCAUGUAAAGCAGAAGAAGAGAAAAAACCUAUGGACAAUGCGGAUCAUACGGAAAACGAAAACGGAAACACGACCAAG